CCCCGGUUGGGCUCGAAGAGAAACAACAACGUGACAUUGAGUGGGGCGGCAGGCAGGUUGCCAACAUUUUAAUCAAUGCAGCUAGGAUGGCUUGACAUCGGCGCUGGGCUGUUUUGAUGAACAUUAAUUAGCUGGGAUUUACUUUUUACAGUGUGUUUUAAUUUUGUUGUUUGCAAACAGGGCGUCGCGUGUAACGUUAGCGCGCGGUAAAGACUACUUUUUACUCAUCGUUUUAACAGCCAUUGCAGUGACUGCACCGACAAACAAAAACCGUGUUUUGGUCCACCUAAAGGAGGAAACUGUCACCUCUGCUUCGACUGAAAUUUCAUCAUCGCCAAAAACUGACAGACAAUCGUCUCGCAGUGCCAGCGCUCACCAAACAAGAAACAAACUGCAAACAUAAGCUAGCAGUAGGCUAACGUAACGUUACUCUAACGUUAGCUAGUUAGCAUCUUGGCUGCGUCAAGAACUUUGUUUCAAGCUAACGUGAUCAACUCCGGAUUUCAGACGUGUUCUUAAUUGGUCAAAGUUCCAGUUUAGAUAAGUCUGAAACACUUGCUCGAUACAGAAGAUUGCGUGGGGACAUAAUGCAUUUUGUAGUUACAAAAGUAAGCUAACAUCUAGCUUGCAAGCCAUGCUAGUUUUAACGUGACUCACUGGUGCUUAAUGAGUGUGUAGUAUCGCAAAAUCGGGUGUUGCCUGGCUGUCGCCCCUUUACUGAAACGCUGCAGAUGACUCGUGUAUGACUCGUGUUUUUGUUGUCUCCCGUCACGCCUGGGACAAAACAAUCCGUCGCUUUUAUUUGACAAGAAUUCUUGGAUUUCUGUGAUAUAGUAUCAUGGGGUCUCUGAAGGCUCUCCAGGAGUGGUGUCGGAUACAGUGUGAACAUUACAACGAUGUGGAAAUAAAGGACAUGUCAACGUCGUUUCGGGACGGUUUGGCGUUUUGUGCCAUAAUACAUCGCUACAGACCCGAUUUGAUAGACUUUGGCUCGCUGUCUAAAGAGAAUGUCUACGAGAACAACCGACUGGCGUUUGAAGUGGCAGAGACACAGCUGGGGAUUCCAGCCCUGUUGGACCCAGAAGACAUGGUGUCCAUGAAAGUGCCUGACCGGCUCAGCAUCAUCACAUACGUCUCCCAGUACUACAACUUCUUCAACAACAAGUCUAAUGCAAACCCCCCUUCUAUGAAAAGGCUGAGUUCUGUCGGUCAUAAUGAGCCAGCCCAUAAAAGGCCCCCGACCCCUCUUGAAGACAAAGUGGUUGAGUCUGAGCCGGGCCAGCCGGCGCAGACAGGUGUAGAAGUGGUCUCAGCAGACAAGCGCAGCACUCUCAGCAGCACCUGCGCCGCCUGCCAGAAACACGUCCACCUGGUGCAGAGAUUUCUGGUGGAUGGCAAGCUCUACCAUCGCAACUGCUUCAGGUGCAUAGAGUGCCACAGCACUUUGCUUCCUGGAUCCUACAAAUUAGGAAGCGACUCUGGGGCGUUGGUCUGUACACAUCACAUUACAAGGCAUGCUUCAGCCAAUCAGAACGGCCGGCCAGAUCUAAAUAAAAGACCAGUGGAAGUUCAGUCCAGCAGGAUCGGUCGCAGCACAAUUCCCUACGCCUCAGCCUCUGAGAGGGACCAGUCAAAGACUCCUUCUCCGGUAUGCCAAACAAAUUAUACUGACACACCCACCAAUGACUCUGUCACAGUUGCUGCUGUUGAAACAAACCAAACAGACUCUUUGGAAAAAGCAAACAAGAUGGAUGGCGAGACAGAGGAGAUACCACGUUCUUCCUCUCCUCCCAACCCGUUUGAUGAGAGCGAUGAAGAGGAGGAAGAGGGGGAGAAAGAGGAAGAUACUAAAACACCAGCCAAAAAAACAACAAAUGGGGACCUCGCUUCUACACUUGUCACUCAUCACGAAGGUGCCAGCCGGCCAGUACCGGCGCCUCGCCGGGUUUCUGAACCCGCCCCUCCUCCUCGCCCUGCCCCUCGGGUUCGGCUACCACGUACGGGAGACGGCCUUACAGUCGGUGAAAACCAGAAGCCUGCGAUUCCUCCCAAACCUCGAGAAAGAUCACAGUCUCCUGGAAGCCUGUCCAGUGGUGCCCAUAAACCCAAAGACCCACCUUGGAUGGCCCUGGUCCAAUCAGAACCCAAGAAGAAGAAAGCCCCUGCCCCUCCUGCUGCCGGACUUGCAACCCCCCCCAACAUAGGCUCUCUGUCCUCUCUCAAAGGGGAAGGCUCCAGACCCAGCACGCCCCCUCCGCCCUCCAACCCGUUUGACGACGACGACGAUGAUGAAAAUAACGAGGUAGAGGAAGAAGAGGGGAGAGAAGGAGGUGCGAUUCCACCCACAGUUGUGGCUACUCACCCAUGGUACAACAUCGGUCGGGCAGCUGACACCACAGCUGCGGACACUCCUCCUAGUGAAGGACGCUCGUCCCGCUCUGCCAGCCCUGGGAGCAGCAAGAGCAAGAAACGGCCGGCACCUCGUGUUCCAAAGCCACCUGCUGUUAACCAAGUUCUCCCUCACUCUCAGCCCUCCUCUUGCUCUCCCUCUCCAGCUCUCAGCACAGAGAGUCUGUCUUCAGCCUCAGACCACAGCUCCGCCCAGCCCCCAUUGGGUGGCAGUGCCAGCAACGACAAGGAGCACGCCUUCACCAAAAGUGUCUCAGAGCCUUCCAUCUGUUCACCGUGCGACUCUACGGCCUCUCCCUCCUCCUCCUCGACCGAACGUUUGACUCAUCCCUCCCAAAACCCCUACCCAUGUCCCACGCCAUCAUAUGCCAGCUCAGCUCCAGCUACCCCACAGACCAGUCGCAGCAUGGGGACUGGAGCCCCUCCACCAAGACCCCUGACGACCCCCAGCCCUUUGGCCUCAGGAGCCAACCAAUCGCACAAUAAGCGGAUCUGUAAGGAGAACCCGUUCAACAGGAAAGCUUCUCCCUCCCCUGCUAAAUCCCAAACAAGACCACCAAAAGGCCCUCGUCCUGCCAGGCCCCCGGCCCCAGGCCAUGGCUUCCCUCUUAUCAAACGCAAGGUGCAGUCAGAUCAGUACAUCCCAGUAGAGGACAUCCACGGGGAGAUGGGUCAGCUGGAGAAGCAUCUGGAUGAACUGGAGCAGAGGGGAGUGGAGCUGGAGAAGAAGCUGAGAGACAACCCUAAUGAUGAGGAUGAGGAGCGCCUGCUGGUGGACUGGUUCACUCUCAUCCAUGAGAAACACCUUUUAGUACGACGAGAAGCUGAACUGGUUUAUACAGCGAAGCAGCAGAACCUGGAAGAGAGGCAAGCGGACGUGGAGUAUGAGCUGAGGUGUCUUCUCAACAAGCCAGAGAAAGACUGGACAGAGGAGGACAAGAGUCGGGAGCAGGAGCUGAUGGCUGAGCUGGUUACCAUCAUUGAACAGCGCAACCAAAUUGUCAACAACAUGGACCAGGACAGGCAGAGGGAAGAAGAGGAGGAUAAAGUUAUGGAAGCCAUGCUGAAGAAAAAAGACUUCCAUAAGGAUCUGGAGGGUGAGCAGCAGCAGCAGCCGCAGAAGAAAAAAGGGGCAAAGUUCAAACCCAUUAAGGUGCUCAAGAGGCUGAGCCAUAAAGGAGAACCAAGCAAAAGCCACAGCCCCCGCAAGGAGAAAACACCGUAGAAAGCACCACUCCUUCAAGAGGAAAUGAGACUAUUUUAACAAGACUAAGGAAAAUUAAAAAAGGAUAUGAGAAAAAAAUUACAUCAGGUCAAGAAGAUGUGUUCUCUUUUAACUGUGUCAUUAAUGACUUGAAGUGCAACCCAGAAUCCACUCCCUGCUCACCUCUUACUUCAGUGACCAUUUUCAGUUGCCUUUGUGUUUUAAAGAGACAGUAUAACUCAACAAGCUCUCUGACCUUUCAUGCCAGUGAAGGUAACAGUAGGUUUCUAAAUUACUGCACUGAAAUGUUUUUUGUUGCUUCACUAUCCUUGCAUUGCACAGUGUCUCUACCCUGUAAGUCUUUAUCAGGAUUCAGCAAAUGUGUGAUUCGUCAGUUCACUUUAAAUGAAGUCCGUUGGAUGCAAUUGGAUCUUAUAUCUAUGAGUUUUUAAUAUGUUUUUACUCUGCUCCUGGGUUACACUGACUUACUAGGUCAAUGGAUCGAUAUCUGAGAAGGUUUUCUGUCACGUCUGGUUUGAGCCUGUGGUACUAGUGAAAGUAAUACUUUUUAAAGAUGAACUCUGCUUUAAAUAUUGCAACAUCUACCCCUGAAACGCUCAGACACCAGCAGAUACCUAAGCUCUUCUAGCUGCUAUGUUAUGAUUGUUUGUGGUGUCCUUGUUCUUAGGUUCUUCAGUUGUAGUUCUGUGAUCGUGCCAUUUGUGUAAAUGCAUAUCAUCAAAGAAGUGGAUGAAGGUAGAUACAGUAUUUAAUGGUGUGAGUGUGUGUGUGACUGGAAACGAAGUGGGAAAGUACUCAAAAUUAGAUUGAAGGAGUGUUAAACUACAAAAGUCUGUUAGAAAGUUUAUUAAUAUGAAAAGUCACACAUGCAAUAAUGAAUAUUUGAAAUGGCAGAUAUAACAAACAUCAUUUAUCACAGUUUAAACCAUUGGGGGAAAACUGAAUAUGCAAUCAUUAAUUUAUAUUUUACUAUGCCUUUCUGUAUGCUUCCAUGUUUUGCCUUAAAAGUGGAUAGGAAAAAACGUGUUAAUAUUGUUUGUACAAGUGCCAUUUAUUUAAUUGCAUAUGUGGUUGACUGUCAUUUGUUCGAGCUAAUGUAAAUGUCAGUGUGUUUACUCAUUCUGUUUUGUCAUUUAGAUUGUCCUCCAUUUUAAUGGUAAUCCCUGUAUGUGUCUGCUCUGUGCCUGUCUUCCUGUCCAGGGGACACCAAGGGCUCCAGUAGUGCCACAUUUCUGUCAGCUAUAUGUUGUUCAGCAGCAAGAUUAUUAAACAAUACUGACACUGGAAGGCAGAGGAAUAAAAUAAGUUGAUGCAAGUA